AUGGAUUACGACGAAUUAGGUAGCCCCACUGACGCGCCGGAGGAGCCGAGGUCCGUCGACAAGGGCAAAAAACCGGCAAUCUCUCUGGGCAUUGGUGGGCAAGCUCCCAACUUCGCGGAGCUCGCAAAGUACGGAGAAGACGACGAUAUGGGACCGAUCGUAAUGGCGCUAGAUAACGACGACGAUUUGGACGCUGCGUUUGCCAAUAUCGCGAAGCGCAUGGGGAACGCACCGGCAGGCGAGGCAGUCCCGUCCGCCGGUAAGAACAAAACUAACAACACCGCGACCUCGGCGGCUCCGUCGACCUCGGAUGGCCCCUCAGCGGACCCUGCUACAAUGGACGCAGAGAUGUCUGUGGAUAAGAAGGCGGGGAAGGCGAAGGCCGUGCACUCCACCAAGCCGAAGCAAAAGGUCGUCCCGGGCAAAACCUCAGAUCCAGAAGCCGCCCCGUCGUCAACUGCUGCCUCAACCUCGCGCGCGGCUGUCUCCUCCCCGGGUCCCCAGCGUGAGCCUCAGGGUGACUCAACCUCCGGUAAGCGGAAGGCGUCGUCUCCUGUACAUGCAAACCCGAUUGCCAAACGUCCUGCAGUAGGCUCCGCUGGUGGCGAGCGGAACACUUUGACGAUUCCCUUGGGUGCCCAGAGCGUACCAGGAGCUGGCGACCGCAAGAGUCGGUCAAAAGACCUCUCUUCGGCGGACGACGAAAGCGCGGCGAUGCGAGAUUUCCAUCGCCAAACCGACUACCUCUUGCGUUUCGUUACGCCGUCCGCCAUCGUAGACUUCCUGCAAUCCGCCGAAAACGCCUUUGGCAACGAUCUGGUCCGUGGCUUCGACGUUGUUGGUGAGCAGGUUGUGGGCAGGGCAGAACAAGCCGCGGACAGCGGACAAGGCACUUCGUUCACAACACCAAUUUCGGCGGAUGCAGGAGCCGCCCAUAUCAUUUCGUUGAAUUUGAGACCCAUCCGCCCAUGUCUACUUGGGCAUCAACUCAUGGCCUUCGUCCGCUCCCAAAGCCCAGGGGCAGUCGAGCCCCAUCCGCCAACACUGAUGGUGUAUCAUCCGCCAGCAGCCCAUCCGCCUAUAUUGCUCGUCAGCCUGCACUGA